CCCCCUCUGCUCCUCCUGCCCCAUCGGCCCCUCCUGCCCCAUCGGCCCCUCCUGUCCCUCCCCCAGCUGCAGGAGGCCAGAGCACCAUCUCCAACAUCACUGUCACCGAGGCUGCAGUCCCCACCGGCACCCCGCCUUCUCCGGGGCGCUGCAUUUCAGUGUCCAGUCCAGGUCGGGGACAUAAGAUCUUCAUGGUUACUCGAGUAGAGAGCCCUCCUGAGCAACAGCAAGUGCAAAACCUCUUCAAGAAAUCUGCAGACACUGAUAAAUCAUCUACAACCAUAGAAAACAUUUCUGUUUUGAAGUUAGAGCAGAGUCAAGUAGCAACACUAAAUGUACCACAUACCAACACACUGAAGUCAGAGUUGGUCAGUCAACCAACAGAGGACACAACGCCAAGCACUUUAAAGACUAGAGAGUUAGACCAGAGCGCACAGGGUACAAAUACCCCAGAGCACACAGCAACACAUUCACUGACUACAGCACAGAGCACUACAGGCCCCCAACCUGACCCCCCCUGUGGAGAACAGCAGCUGGAUAGUAACAGCAGUCCCAUAGAGGACAAAGGACAGUGUGAGCAACAGCAGCCAGUCACACAGAUAUUGUCCGAGACAGAGCAGAAGUCUGAUGAUGGUCAACUAAGAACUGUUCAAAAAUUCAAUGCAAAGGUAGCAAGUCAGGACCAGGAAAUACAGCAGGUUCAGCCUGUACAAACCAAUGAAGAGCAGGUACCUGCCUCAGAAAUGCAGGAGGCUGACACACAACCUGAGGAAGCUGAUGAUGGGUCAGAUGAGAGCUCUGCAGACGAGUGUUUCAGUGAAGCUCUAACUGGAGAAGAGGAGGAAGUUUCUGCUGUUUUGCCCAAUGGUCUAAAGACUGAGUUCUCCCUUCAUCUGCUGGACACUGACAGCCCCAAACCUGGCAGCUGUGUCAUGGAGCACGUGAGUGUCAGCUGUGGACAGGACUUGGAAGAGUUGCUACUAGAAGCCAGUUUAGACACAGGAAAGGAUGCCCCAUGAGCUUAUAAGGGACAACAAGGAUGAAAGAGAACAAUGCUGUAACCACGACUGACUGGUUCUUCAAAUAUUCUUUUUUCUGAAUAAAAUCUUCUACAAUAAGGGACUGAAGUCAAGAAAUGACAAACUCUAACUGGUUGACUGUUUUAAACUAAAUGUAAACUACAGCUACAAAUGAACACUUAAACACUGGAGACAAAAGAGGAGAACUCAAAACUGACAAUAAAACAUAUCCACCUGCAACGAUAAACAAGAGCAGCCAUCAAGAUCCAAGUGGACGAAACACUAACCAAAGACAGUCUGCACACUACCACUUGCUCUUAUGGGAUAUUUUAACUGUCAUUGACUUAAUAUAGCAGAAUGCUGGACUCAGAAUGGACCUGUUGUCUUUUAAACAGGACUAAAGCUGUAUUUGUCUGUUUAGAUGUCCACAUUUCCAUCUGUGUCUCUUCUGUUGUACCUCCACCAGAGUGAAUAGGUUUUGUUCUGCUCACUUCGUCCCCUCAGGAAUCAAUGUCCCCAAGCCUUCUAGCGGCUGACUUCACAUUUUGAUUUGCUUGGAAAGUUACAAUCUAUAAUUCCAAUGUUUAAAGAGCUAUAGAAAUUCUGAAAGAAACUGGUUUUGAUAUAUACAAUUGAAUUUUAGCUGUCUCUAUCUUGUGGCUUCAUGCUCCGGUCAUUGUUGGCAUUAUAAAGAAAAAGCGUCUUGAUCUCUGUUGUCCUUGCCCUUGUCAUAUUGGUCCUAUUUUUGUUAUAACUCAUCUGUUGCCUUCCAAACACCGCAAAUGUACUUUUUGUUCAGUUACUUAGAGACUAAAUAAUCAUUUAUUUUUAUUUAUUUAUAGCUUUUUGGACCUUCUGUUUUCCCUUUACACAUUCUUUUGCUUGGGGGGGGGGGUUGCUUUGAAAUCCCUCCCCCUUUUGAUGUCCAUUUUAGAUUCAAACUUGAACGAACAUUUAGUUUUGAAUUUUUCUUUCCUUUUUCUGGGGGUGGGGGUUGGGCAGAAAGGUUAUUAUUAAAUGGUUAUUGAUUGCAUUUGGGGUGCAGUUACAAAAUAAACAAAAUUUUUCAUCAGAAACUCUUAAAAAUCAUAGAUCGCCUUUUCUGAACUGCUGGGUUUGUCUCUGGCCACAAGGGGGUGCUAGAAUUGGCACUGGUCUCCUAAGGCGUCCGCAUUAAACUAUCCUAUCAUGCUCUCUGUCCUAAUACUGUACGAGAGCCCCCGGCUUUUCUGUGCUCUGAAAUCAACUUCAUUGUGCUGCCCCCACUCUUUGUAAUGCUUUAAUUUUUAGAUUUUUUUAAAUAAUAAUUUGAUAACUUAAUUGAAAUGUGCUGGUAAUCACAAAGAAAUGUAUGGCAAAUUUGUUCCUCUUCAAUAAAUGCAUGUAAUGACUAA